UAAUCUGUUUGGAGAAGUACCAUCCAUAUUGCAGCAUUUAGUUAAUAUGCUUGUUCUUGAUCUUAGUGAAAAUCAAUUGACGGGAAGUAUUCCAGCAUGGAUUGGAGACAAGCUCUCAAACCUUGUGAUUCUAAACCUCCGUUCAAAUAACUUUCAAGACUAUAUUCCUGAUCAGAUUUGUGCUCUUAAUUCUCUUCAUGUCUUGGAUCUUGGUUAUAACAACAUUUCAGGAGCUAUUCCAAAAUGUUUUAGUAACCUAAGUGCCAUGGCCACAACCCUCAACCCACACGUGGCUAAUUGGUUCUCGAGAUUCUACCCUGACAACUCGUUUUAUUUUGGUGCAUUAUUGGUGAUGAAAGGAAGAGUGGAUGAAUACAGUACCACACUCGGACUUGUUACCGGCAUAGACCUUUCAGUUAACAGUCUCACAGGAGAGAUCCCCAAAGAACUUGGUUAUCUUAUGGGACUGCUGUCAUUAAAUUUGUCAGGGAAUCUCCUAACUGGAAAGAUACCAGAGACCAUUGGUAAUAUGGAGAUGUUGGAAUCUCUUGACUUGUCGAUGAACCGACUCCAUGGUGAAAUCCCUUCAAGUUUUUCCAAUUUGAAUUUCUUGAAUCACUUCAACUUGUCCUACAACAACUUGACAGGACAAAUCCCAUCAAGCACCCAACUCCAAAGCUUUGACAAGUCUUCUUACAUUGGCAAUCAUCUUUGCGGACCUCCAGUCACUAAAAAUUGCAACAAAAAGGGCGAAGCACCUGAUGGUACAAAUGGAGGUAGUAGUGGAGGAAAGAAAACAUCAGAGGUGAAUUGGCUUUAUGUAAGCAUAGUGCUUGGAUUUGCGAUGGGGUUUUGGGGAGUAGUGGCUCCCCUUGUUUUAAUCAGGUCUUGGAGGUUUGCUUAUUAUAAAAAAUUGGAGCAAAUUGGUGACAAGCUAUGCGUGUUUUGGGCUACUAUUGGUAUGUAA